AUGCAGAAUUACAAUGGAGCUACUCCAGUGGCCAUCCCUAUUGCUGCCAAAGAUUCUGAGGCUAUCUUGAUGUGUCGUGCUCUGGCCGAAAAGCUAAGAAUCUUGGAAGGACAUAACUCAACCCGAUUGAGUGCCUUGGAGAUGUGUUUGGUCCCAGACGUGGGCCAAUAUUAUGAAAGAUUAAUCAGUAGUGUGUCCAUAGGAUUUUAUGACAUGGUGAUCGUGGGAGAAAGAGUAGAAGAAGGAUUGAAGAAUGGUAAAAUCCAGAGAGGUUCCAGCAGUCAACCAAUCUUGAAGAAGCCUUUCAACGGAUUCAAGAGGAUGGAGGGAGAGACUAGCGCCAUUUCUUCUCAAAGGGGGAGGGUACCACUCAGGGCUCCUACUUCUGUGCCUUAUUAUCAGUACCCUUACGUAGCAGCUGCUCAAUAUCCAACCAUGCCUUAUCGUCCAAUUGCUCAUGUUCCUAUUCCAGCUCCGCUACCUCACUAUCAAGUUCUAGUUCCUCAAUAUCAAGCUCCACAACCUCAGUUCCAGGCUCCUCCACCUCAAUAUCAACAGAGAAAUCAACAGAACAAUCAACCACGUCCAGUUCAGCAGCAACGACCAAAUCAACAGAGGCCAUAUCAACAGUACAAUAAUGUGAAUACCACUCCUAUCCUAAUGACUUACACUCAAUUGCUAUUGUAUCUGAUUCAUAAUGAGACUGUCGUGCCAAGGGAAUUACCUCCAAUUCCGAAGCCGCAUAAGCCUUGGUAUGAUGAGAAUGCUAGAUGUGCCUUUCAUGCUAAUUCAGAGGGUCAUACAACAGAAAAUUGCAAAGUGUUCAAGCUCCGAGUCCAAGAGUUGAUAGAUCAGAAAAUUUUGUCUUUUGUUGAUGUUCCAAAUGUGGGGAAUAAUCCUUUGCCUAAACAUGAUGGUUCAGGUGUCAAUGCUAUAGAAAGUUCAACUGAUGAUGGAUUGAUAAAGGAUGUGUUCAAGUUGAAGACUCUUUUAACAGUGGUCCAUGCUAGAUUGGUGGAAGCAGAAUUGAUGAAUGGAGUACCUGAUAAUUGUGUGCGGGUUAUUCAGUUCACUAGAGCAAAUAUUAAUGAGGAUGUUGCUGUGAUUGUGCCUGUAUUUGAUCAAGAGAGGCUUCCCAAGCCUUUUGUGGUCCCUUAUCAUAGAAAUGUUGACCUAGAUCCAGUGAAGAAGAUUGAGCCCAUGGUUAUCUAUGUUCCCGCUCCAUUCUCAUUUGAUAGUACCAAAGCAGUGCCUUGGAACUAUGAGUCUGUAGUUUAUGUGGGUAACAAACCAGUAAUCUUGAAAGAGCCAGACGUGACUAACAUCGUUGGAGCUAGUGGUGUGACUCGAAGUGGAAGGGUUUUCGCUCCUGAAGUGAUCCCAAACAAAGAAAGUGCACCAACAAUUGAACCAACAAAGGGGAAAGAGGUAAAUCCUCCAGAAGCAGGAGAAGGCUCAUCUAAGAAAGCAGUGACUAUUGAAGAGGAUAGAUAA